AUGGGAAGAAUCAAUGAUUCUGUGCUGAGAGAAUUUGUCCUGACUGGGUUUUCUGCUCACCCAGAGCUCCAGACAGUUUUGUUUGUGCUAGUUCUGUGUAUGUACUGGAUGAUCCUGCUGGGAAAUGGAGUCCUUAUCUCUGUAAUCAUCUGUGAUUCUCGUUUGCACACCCCCAUGUACUUCUUCCUCUGUAACCUUUCCUUCCUGGACAUUUGCUAUACAAGCUCCUCUGUCCCAUUAAUUCUUGACAGUUUCCUUACAGUAAGGAAAAGGGUUUCCUUCUCUGGAUGCAUGGUACAAAUGUUUCUCUCUUUUGCCAUGGGAGCCACAGAGUGUAUACUUCUAGGCAUGAUGGCACUUGACCGCUAUGUGGCCAUCUGCUACCCACUGAGAUACCCUGUCAUCAUGAGAAAAGGUGCUUAUGUGCCCAUGGCAGCUGGAUCCUGGGCUGCAGGUAUUGUUGACUCAGUGGUGCAGACAUCUCUUGCAAUGAAAUUACCAUUCUGUGCUGACAAUGUAAUUAACCAUUUCGUUUGUGAAAUUCUGGCUAUCCUAAAAUUGGCCUGUGCUGAUAUUUCAAUUAAUGUGAUCAGCAUGGCAGGGUCAAAUCUGAUUGUUCUAGUUAUUCCAUUGCUACUAAUUUCCAUCUCUUACAUUUUCAUUGUUGCCACUAUUCUAAGAAUUCCUUCCACUGAAGGAAAAUGUAAGGCCUUCUCCACCUGCUCAGCCCAUCUUACAGUGGUGAUUGUAUUCUUUGUAACAAUCUUCUUCAUGUAUGCUAAGCCCAAAUCUAAAAGCUCCACUGGUACAGAUAAUCAAGACAUCAUUGAGGCCCUCAUCUCUCUCCUCUAUGGAGUAAUGACCCCCAUGCUCAAUCCUCUCAUCUAUAGUCUGAGGAAUAAGGAUGUAAAGAUUGCUGUGAGGAACAUGCUGGAUAGGAAAAACUUCUCUGAUGGAAUAUGA